AUGCUGCAGGCGGACAAACAGGUGCUGCUCGCCGGCGUCAAGCGGAACGCGCUCGAGCUCCGGCAAAAGGAGCUCGACUUCAACGUGGAGCGGUUCACCAACCUGGCGACGCAGGCGUCGGUCAUCGCCGGGUUCUCCUUCGAGAGCCUGGUCGAGCUCGAGGUGCCCGAGGACACGCACUGGCUCCUCUCUUCGACCUACUUCGUCUUUGGCUCCGCGGCGAUGGCCAUGUCGCUCUACUGCCUCGUCGUCUCGUCGUUCGCGUGCGUCUUUGGGCACCGGCUCGCGCUGCAGGGGCCUCACGGCUCGCUCGAGAAGGCGGUGACCAUCAUGGUGUCGCACCGGCUGCACAUCUUCGCCGUCGCCGGCGCCUCCCUGCUCUGCCUCGUCCUCGCGGCCGUCCUCAUGGCAUGGAUCAAGAUGGGGCCGGCCGCCGGCGUCGUCUCCGCUAUCUUCCUCGCGUUCGGCGGUGCAGUCUCGUACCGGAUGCACCUGCUGCUCGGCUUGUUUCAGAUCCCAGAGAGCCAGGUGGUCACCGGCGCUGUGCAGGUCAACUCGCCAAACGAGUCUGGCGCCGCCAUCGACCUCUCUCGGCUCAACCUGAGGCCGCGCGGCGCCCGUUUUCUUCUUCUUAGAGGCACCACCCACGGUUUCUUUUUUAGGCUCAACCCCGGCAGCGCGGCGCACGCGCAUGCGAGGGCUGUGCGUGGUGGCGGCGGCGGCGGCUACCAGCGACUCGCAGACGUCGAGCGCGGCUCCUCCUGCUCCGCUUUCUCGCUCGCCUCGCAGACGGCUUCGUGCUGCUCGGCGGCGUCAACUUGCGCGCCUCCGCCCUCGCUGGCCGGGCGGCCAGCCGAGAUGAUGCACCAUGAGGGCCACCUCUUCAAGAAGGGCGAGCCGGGCUUCCUCGGGAAGCGCGAGGCGCCUCGCCGCCGCUACUUUGUGCUACGCGGGCCGCGGCUGUACUACUUCCGCGCGUGGGAAGACUACGGCUCGGGCGGGUUCGGCGGCGCGAUCAACGCCGCGCAGCCGAUCGACAUGCAGCAACACGAGCCGAUGGUGCUCGCCAGCUCGCCCGACGGGCCGAACAGGUUCGACUUGCUGCCGACGGGGGACCCGAGCGCGCGAAAGUGGGAGCUGCAGGCGCCCACCCCCGAGGAGCUCAAGGACUGGCUCGCGGCGCUGCGCGGGGCGCGCUCGAUCGCCUCGCGCUCGCAGUGCUCCGCCGUGGCGGAGCUGAGCGCGCCGCAGAUUGUCAUGCCGAUGCAGUACUAG